GGCAGAGUGCUAGACGCAGAGAGCAACAUAAGCGUCAGAGGAAGUAUAUCCGCCUUAUUAGACAUGAGUUACACAGUAUUCCCCAAAAAGAAACAUAUAAAGUCUGAGUAAACCACUCUUCAGAUGCUGCCUGCAUUAAGCGUAAAGGACACCUUAUACCCUAUUGAUGAGUGCUUAACAGCAUCUCCAAUGUUGCUGUUUAAAGUUUGAUUUUAGAACUCAUAUCUUAACUGAUUUUAAGUUAUAUUUUUGCAUUAAAUGCUUUGUAUUGUAACUAAUAAGAGACUUUAUUGUUGCGACUGCCUGCCGUGAGACUUUACUUGUAACUACAAACUGAGCCUCAAACAAGAACAACCACAAGGGAGUCUUCUACGUCAUUCCUGAAGAACUUCAACCUGCGGACGGAUGGCUGCUUUUCACCAACCAACUUUCAGCUCUGUUGCCAUGUUUGGGCACAAAUCCCCAACUCAGGAAAAUAAACUUCUGCCUUGGUGAAAAAUAACGGAAUUAUACAACAGAGAUGCAACACAACAAUAUAAAUCACAUAUAACACCAUCCCAUAAAACGAGAAGAAGAAAACGAAGAUACCAAACUUUGAGUUCAUAUUACUUCACUGUUCCGACCAGGACACUUGACAUUGAGGUGGCAUUCGAUUCUUACAAAACCCCUACACAACACAUAUGAAUUCUGUUCCUUGAUGUGCUCAUUAACAGAAGAGUUUCUGGUUCAAAAAUGGAAGCCUCAAGACAUUCUGAGAAAAAGAAAGACCAGAUAGCUGUUUCAUCUGAACAUCCAGUGGACAUCAAUGACUGGAAUAAAGACCAUGUGAGACAAUGGAUACUUGAGAUAAAAGUGGAUGAAGAAGAUGCAGAGAUUUUUUACAAUCAGAGAAUUAAUGGAGCUAGUCUUCUCCUGUUGGAGGAAACUGAUCUUUCUUCCAUUCCAAACCUAUCACUGAAUGCAAAAAAACUGAUUAUUCACAACAAAGAUCUUCUGAAACAAAAUACUCAGCAGCAGAAUGACAUGGUGACUCAGUCUUGUAGCUUGAAGCCUUACCCUUUCAGCCGAUUUAAUGCUGCUCAGAGGUACAGAGAAAACAGCAUUCUAGAUGUGACUGAAACUGGUCCUAAAGACCUCAUACAACCAUGCCAUGAAUUCAAAGCCUUUGUAAACACAGCAGAAGAGGACAGAAUGAAAAAAUACACAUAUGAAGUCAUUCGAUUUGCAGCAGCUUGCAUGAACAGCCGCACAAAUGGCACCAUUCAUUUUGGAGUGGCAGAUAACCCACAUGGACAAAUUCUGGGUAUUUGUGUCCAGAAAACCGAUGAUUUUGAUGUACAACAGUCACAUGCAAUUGAAAAACAUUUCAAAUUGGAAAGAUCUGUUCAAAUGGCAAAGAGGUGUAUAAAACCCCCGCGAUUUGUUGAAGUUCUCAAUGCUGACAUGACAUCCACAGGAAAAUGUGUUAUUGAGGUAGACAUAGAGCCAUCCUCUAUAAUAUGUGAAGACAUUUAUUUUAACACAUAUGAAGUAGAAAAAAAUAUCAAGAAACUCACAAAUAAAGACAAGAUGCAAGAGCCCAAAGCAACAGGGAAGAAGAGUGAUGGAAAGUCUUUCUUUAUAAGAGACGGCAGCAGCAGCAAGAAUCUUAUUACAUCUGGUUCCUCAAAGGAGUGUGAGAAAUACAUCAAAGGCAUGCCACAUUUGUCCCAGUUGAGGAAGGACGCUGAAGAAAAGCAUCUCUCUACUAUCAAAAUCAGUGUGCAAGGCCUUAAACUGUGUGAGAUGAUAACAGGAGGGACCCAAUCUUUGGACAGGUCACACUUUGCAUGGUACAUUGUGGUGGCUAACAAGUCCCAUCCUGUUCAGUUGGAAAACCUGCGUUUCCUUCUUCACAUGAAUCCAGUGGCUGUUUUGGAUUUUGAUCCAGAAUCUGCUGAGUAUGGCUUAAAUAAGCUGUUUGAAGAGAGAAAAAUCAAUGUUCAUUUACCAGCUCAGUUUAAAAUCACAGGUGCAGUUGAAGACAUAGCAAGCAAGUUAAAACUGACAAGAAAUACAAGCUGGGUUUUCUGUAAUGGAGGCAUCAGUGAGGAAAGCCCCUCUGAUGCUGAUCACUGGUUGACUGAGAAAGGAUCCUCCGUGCGUGAUGUUGUUUCUUUCCUGUGCAGAAAAGAUGUGCUGCCUCACAAGAAAUUUCUCACCAUUUUCUUGCUAUUAAGUCAGGUGAGUGAUGGAAAAGACCCUUUGCUUGAGACCUUCAGUAUGUUUUUACAGGAGCUCAAGGGAGGAAAUAAAAUCUUAUGCAUCAGUGAUAAUAAAACAUCAUACAUCUACUGGAAACAACUUAUUGAGGGCCGAUAUGGAGUUGACAUCUCAACAAGAUGCAUUUAUGAGCUGAAUUUUGCUGAAGUCAAUGGCACCGUGCUCAGUCUGUGGUCAGAGAAUCGCAAAUCAAGCCGCUUUCUGCCUUGUGGUGGUGGCAGUAAUGUUGUGCUGUCAAAGAAAACUGAUGCAUCCUUAGAUAUGCUGAGUGUUCUUUAUGUGAACCAGUGUGAUGGAGGAAAUGAGGACAAACAACAACAUGAGGAAAAAUUUUACAAGGGAGGGAAGGUGUCUUGGUGGAACUUUUACUUCUCAGAACAGCCCGGGUCAAUGCCAUUCAUCAAACGAGACAAAUUCGAUUACAUCAUCAAGUUUAUUAUUCCAGACAUAUGCAGUCGGAAGAGAGUGUGUGAGUUUUUCAACAUCUUGCAUCUUCCAGGCUGCGGUGGCACUACAUUAGCCAUGCAUGUUCUGUGGACACUCAAGGAUAAAUUCCGUUGUGCAGUGCUGAAGGACACAACAGAUGAUCAUACUGAAAUAGCCAAACAGGUAGUGCAGCUAUUAACAUAUGAGACAAACGAGCAACCUACACGACUUCCUGUUUUGCUAAUGAUCGAUGACUUCCAAGACAUUUGCGAUGUAAAAAAACUCCAACUUCAAAUUGAGGAUGAGUGUCUGCAGCAAAACAUUUUUUCAAAGUCUCCACAGGUCAUAAUUGUCAACUGCAUGAGAGCUGAAUCCAGUGAACAGACUGAUGAUGCAGUUUUCAUCGGAAACAAUUUAUCAGAGAAGGAACAGGAACUGUUUGAGGAAAAGCUAAAGGAUUUUAAGCGGACCAGCACAAACAUUAAAACAUUUUAUGGGUUCAUGAUUCUGAAGAAUAACUUUUCACCUAAGUAUAUUCAGGGUGUUGUGAAAAAUACCCUGAAGGGUUUCAACUUCCAGGACAAACAUGCCCAACUUUUUGCUGUUCUCGUCCUCCUGCAUGUCUACUGCAAGAAUGCAUUGCUGUCGGUCUCUACAUGUGAAGAGUUUCUUGGUCUGCAAACAAAAGCAGAUUUUGAACUCUGCAAGGUCGAAGAUGGAUUUGAGAGGUUUUCCAAUCUUUUGACAAGAUGCACAGUCAAUUCCAAAAUUAGCUUUGAAGGUGUGUCAGUGAUUCACCCAAGUAUAGCUCAAUGCUGUUUGAAAGAGCUUUCAGCUUCCCACGGGGUGACAAAAGCAGACAUCAUUAACCUUCUGCUCACAACAGACUUAUUUUAUGAGUAUACUCUAGGAAAACAAAAAUUAAUGCAGGAUGUUCACAGCAUGUUGGUUAAGAGGCGAUAUUCGGCUCAGUUUGAAGACUCACUUUUUUCACCUCUUAUCCAGGCAAUAAUGAAGGAGACCCCAGGGAUGGAAGAAAUUAUUCUACAGAAUGCAGCAAAGUGCUACAGAAAAGAUCCGGUAAUAUCCCAGCUCAUUGCCAGGUACUAUUACAUCAAAAAACAGAACUUUACCACAGCCAUGAGUUGGGCAAAGAAGGCCAAAGGCCUGUCAAAGGACAACUCAUACAUAUGCGAUACAGUGUCACAGGUCCUUGUACGUGAGCUCAAGCAUGCUGUUCACAAAGACAAAGAUGAUCCCAUCAAGCCAGACAGUCUGCAGGAGUAUCUUACAUUGGCUAAGUCUGCAGGAGAAGCUUGCAAUGAAACACAACAAACAGCAAACAAAGAGGCCAUGACUCGAUUGCAAAGACUAAAGGAUUAUAAUACCUACAACACCGCUGGCCAUCUUGGUGAACUUCAAACUGCAGCUGUUGUCAUACAAAUACUGCAAAAGACACCAUUGUUUAACUGCCUUGGUCAAGUCCUAUCAGGUAAAAUUACCUUUAAAGAUUUGUCAAGGACGAACCUUGAACUCAGGCAAUAUUACCACGUAUUGCAGAAGCAUACAAGCUAUCUUCUUCAACUAAAGAGAACAAUGAAGAAUCAUUUUUAUUUUCUUGACAAUUUUUUUGUCAAUUUAGUACCCUUUUUUGCAGAGAAAGACAAACAAAAGGAACUGACAAAGCCCAAGGUUUCCAGGUACUUUCAACAGUAUGCUGACCUCUUUUGUAAAAUAAAUUGGAGUGAGCUGGUCAACAAUGAGCGCAUGAACCGCAUAGUUAAAAUUGAGCAGACGCGCCAGUGUCUGGAGAGGAACAAGGGUGAUUCCUAUACCAGCCUUCUGGAAUAUUUAUAUGAGGAAGACUCUGCAUUAGCUCUUGAAGAGAUCAUCCAGCAGUAUGAUUUCAUUCUGAAGUUGAAAGAGGCCAGACACUUGAUGGACACUGUCAACUUCAUCUAUGCCAAUGUAAUUCUGGCCAACAUUAAACCUGAUUCUCAGUACAUCAGGCCCUACCAAGACCUUCGUAACUUACUACUUCAAAUAAUCAAUUACCCCACACCUUUCAGUGAGAUCCUGCCAUUGCACUAUAUCACAGUGUUAUUGUUACGGCAAGAGGAGGACUGUGGAUUACCAACUUUUGUGUCACAAAUGAAGUUGUCAUAUUUUAAAGACCUGAGACCUGUGUCUAAUGGAAAGAGAGCAGCUGUCCAUUUUUACUUAGGGAAGGACGAAGGUUACGGAGGCCUGAUUUCCCAUAGGGAUAUAAACAGCUGUUUAGGAUCCGAGCAGAAUAUCUCAACUAAAUGGGAUGAUGAAAAAAUAUGGAAGCAAGUGAGAGACUGUGAGAAACUUUGCAGAGUUUCUGGUAAAAUUUGCCAUGAUUUUAUCAGUGUUGCAGAUGUGAAGGUCUAUCCAAUGUUCAGAAGCCAGUUACAUAAUGAAUCUGGCACAAGAGUGUCAUUCUUCAUCGGAUUCUCAAUGAAUGGACCAGUUGCACUUGACAUAGACUUUGAGUCAUAAGGUUCGCAAACCUGAUCUAAUGGAUCUGACUGAUGACCGGAGAAACAUAAAUGAGAAAGCUUUAUAGAUUUCCAGUUUAAAACUAAGACACUCAAGUCAAAGGAGCUCAAGCCCUGUAGUUGUUCAUACGCAUUAGUUUGGUUUGCCACAUUAUAAUGUAAACCACUCUUUUACCAUUAAUGUUGCAUAUUAUUGGACUUUUUUGUUUUUGUAGAAAUGCCUCAUUGUGUUUGAUGUGAGCUUCAUAAAAGUAAUGGUUUAUGUGAGAGGUAACUGAGAGUUUGGCCAACGCCAGUACUGCAAUGACCUCCAGACAGCACACGUGCACCUGUGUUGUAAUUCAGUUAUAUUAGGUUUAUUUAUUUUACUUUUUAUACAUUUUCUUGUUGCAUUUUACUCAUACAUUGAUAUAUUCAUAUACA